AGUUGUCAAAAUUUGUGAGAAUAGGAAGUGCGUGACAGUUCAGUUCGAUUCGAGACAAAGCAGCGAGGUUCUAGCCCAGCGAACAUAUAAACACUCAGAAUCCGAAUUAGAAUCAGGCUAUAGUUAUUAGCUAAGGCCCAGAUCGGAUCACGUUGGAGCGGGACUCUCGGGUGGAAAAUCGCCAGGAAUCAGGCACUCGACCUAUUAAAACGUAUUAAACCCUAUUAAACCGCAUCGGAUCAAAACAAAUUAAGCUACUGCGGUUACCAUGCAAAUUCACCCGAUCCUAAUCGGAAUUUCAAUCACAAUCACAAUCCGUAACGCGACCGACCUGUUAAUAGUUUAAUUUGCGGUCAUAAAUAAUAACACAAGAAUUAAUUGAUUUUCGUCAUAAAUCAAUAAAUAACUAACCCACUAACCAGCCGUUCAAUCAAGUGCAGCCCGUUGAAAAGGAAGGGGAAAAACGGAAAAACAAAACUAAAAUCAGAUCGCGCCGGAGCUAAAUUUUUUUAGGUGCUGAAAUGAAACUAUUUACCAACCAAAACCAGCGCAAUGCAAAGCUGCUGCGCAGCGCUGCCCUCGGGAUGACCCUGCUGUUCUUCGGGUCACUGGUGAUCAUCGCGGACCCACUUCAGAGCAUCCUGGAUACGCAAUUGAGCUUGAAGCCGGGGGCCCUGCUCCAUCGCCUGUGGCUCCUGCCGCCGCUGGAUGUUUACAUUAAUGUGUACAUGUUUAACUACACCAAUGUGGAUGAGUUCACGGCGGGCAGGGCGACCAAGUUGCAGUUGCAGGAGGUGGGUCCCUAUGUCUACAAGGAGGUGUUGAGCAACCACAACAUCACCUACAACGAGUCCAACAACACCAUCACCUAUACGCCAAAGCGUGAGUAUAUCUUUGCGCCGGAACGAUCGGUGGGUGAUCCCAAGGUCGACCGCAUCCGGGCGCCCAACAUUCCGCUGAUGGGAGUGACCACCCUGGCCUCCAGUCUGUCGAUGUUCGCCGCCUUGGGGCUGAGUGCCAUUACCAGGCAGCUGAACUCGCAGCCCAUGCUGGAGAUGAGUGUCCACGACUACAUGUGGGGCUACGAGGAUCACCUGGUGGAACUGGCUUCUCGUUUCGUGCCCAAUUGGAUUGACUUUACCAGCUUUGGAAUUAUGGAGAAGCUCUUUCGGGAGGGAAACGAGAGCAAUGUGUUCAACAUGAACCUGCCGGAACCCAAGGACAAAUAUGGUGUAAGAUUGCCGGAUGCUCCUCGUGGUUACACCGUAGACAGUAUAAAUGGAGAGCGUGGCUUCAAGGGUUGGGAGUACAACAAUGCCAACAAUGGCACCAUGUGCAAUCGCAUCUGGGGCAGUCACGAUGCCACGCUCUUUCCGCUGGACAUGGACGAGAACGACGAGUUCUUCCUGUACAGGCGAACCUUCUGCCGGCGAUUGCCGGUGAAGUUCAAUCGCACCACCUCAUACAAUGGCCUCGAUGCCUACGAGUUCGUGAUGGAGCCGGACUCCUUCGACAGCGAGGUGGACAACGCCAACUCCUCGUGCUACUGCAAGAACAAUCGCUGCCUGAAGAAGGGAGUCGGCAGUGUGUCGCCCUGUUACUACAACAUUCCUCUAGCGAUUACGUAUCCGCAUUUCAUGCACGCCGAUCCCAGUCUACUGGAGCCAUUCGAAGGCCUCCAGCCGAAUGAGACGCGUUUCACCUCCACCUUUGUGGUGCAACCGCAACUGGGAGCUCCCAUGCAGGGCACCCACCUGCGGUUGCAGGCCAAUCAGGUGGUGGGAAAGGUGAACUUUAACCGCAUGAUGACGCCCUUCGAGAACAUGAUCCUGCCGCUGCUGUGGGUGGACCUCAACAUCGAUGUCCUGUGCCUGAGCCUGCGCCUGCUCAUCCAUGGCAUCAAGUGGGGCUUCCCGCUGCUGCAGUGGAGCGCCGCCUUGGGAAUGCUGCUGGCCGGCGUUUACCAGCUGUGCAGCGCCCUGAUGCUCUGCAUCUGGCCACCCACCAAGCAGUUCCAGAAGGUGGAUCAGGUUGAGCGAGGGGCCACCACGAUUCAGGUGAUCGGAGCUGGCCUCAGCUUGGCCAGCGGACUGCGGAAAUCCUCUAUUCAGCUGGAUCCCGAGGAGCAGCACCACCUGCUCUUCGGCGGCGGCAGCUUCAUACCCAAGUUGGCCAAGGCGUAAACCGAGCAGCUGAGGAUCGGAAUGCUUACCUCAACUCAAGAAGGGGCAACACUGUGAUAUUUAGGCUUAAGAUUCGGUGUAAAUUAUUGUGCUCAUCGGAAACAACUUAGGGAACGUCCUUGCCUACGUACUAGUUAACGAUAACUAUAAGCUAGGGCUAAAAAUUAAGAGCGGUAACAGUAGGCAAUUUACAGCUGAGCUUGCACUCGAUAAAUACAGGUCGAUAGCUAUCUAA